AAAAUAGACGAGAAAAAGGGAAAAGGCGCCGGUAAAAUCAAAUCGAAAAUUGUCUAAGCCCAAGCGGCCUCAGCAUCGCCAUUCGCCACUACGGCACCACAUGCCUCCCGCCGCCGCUGCCACGAAGUCUGGACCCGCCUCCGCCUCCGCCGCGCGCCCCAUGAUCCGGCGGCGCUACUGCCUCUGGCGCUAGCCGCAACAGAGGCGCCCUCUCACCGCCGGUGGCGGGUGGGCGGGACGGUCAGCGAUGCCGCCGGCCCGUAAGAAGCGCGGGGCGGCCGCUGCUGCCGCCGCAGCUGCCGCGGCGGCGGCGCAGUGGAAGGUGGGCGACCUCGUUCUCGCUAAGAUGAAGGGCUUCCCCCCGUGGCCGGCCAUGAUAAGCGAGCCACAGCAAUGGGGCCUUUCUCCAGUUAAAAAGAAGUUGCUGGUGUACUUUUAUGGAACUAAACAGAUUGCUUUCUGUAACUAUGCUGACCUUGAGGCAUUCACGGAAGAGAAAAAGAAAUCUUUACUUGCUAAGCAACAUGGCAAAGGAGCAGAUUUUGUCCGAGCAGUUAAGGAAAUAGUUGAGAUUUAUGAUUCUUUAAAGACAGAGAAUAAUAAUAAGAGUGGUCUUACUAAAAAUAGUGUGAGGCCAGAUGUUGAAAAUCUUGUCAAUGACAGUAGCAGUUUAGAUGCUGGAGGUCCUGAGUAUGGUUCUGAUCCGGUCAAUGACAACAAGAUGGAGGACCGUCCCGCCUCUUCCAUGGAUCACAUCAUGAUUAGUACUCCUGUACCUAAUAUCAUUACAAUUGAGGGCGAGCGAUGUGUUGAGAAUUCUGCACUUGAUGAACCUAUCGAAAAGUUACCUGUCCUCGAUGAACUUAGACAUUCUCCUUUGCAUGCUAGUUCAUGUUCUAAGAAGAGGCAGAAAGGUUCACAGCAACAAGAUUCUUGCACACAUGGUAAUUUCACAUUGCCACGGAGGUCAAAAAGUUCAUCAGGUUCUGAGUUACGAACUAGUCUGGACUCUAGUGGGCUGAUGAAUGGUACCGAUGUGCCUUCUGUUGAUUUGAUUCCUGGUGACAAGCAGGAAGACUCUGCUCGGUACAAGAGCAUUAAUGAUGACAAACCUAACUCAUGUUCCCCUUCUGCUACAAAGGAAGUUGUGCUGUUGCAUUCCAGUCAAGGAACCUGCAGUCAACUUGGAGCCUCUGAGAUCAGUAAUGAUGAUAAAAAACUGAGUAUUGCAACAAAAAAUGUACAAAGUACUUGUAGUAUUCAAGUGCCUGAAAUUGGAGUCAAGGAUAAGGAAGUCUGGCUGAAUGAAACACACGAUCUUCUCGUGAGCACAACUCUAACUUUUAAAAGAAAAAGAAGGCCAAACACUAAUCGUGCUAGUAAUCCUGUCAUUAGUGGGGUAACAAAUAUGGAUAGUGAAUUGCAGCCUAAGUCAAGUGGAAAUCUUGUAGAUUCUCCAAAUUCAAGUAAUGAAAUUAACAAGUCAGAUGGAGAUGAGCACUUGCCUUUGGUCAAAAGGGCAAGGGUCCGGAUGGAAAGACCUCUGCUGGAUAAUGCCGCAGUUGAUGAACCAGAUGAUUCUUAUACCAUAACAGAGCUGGUUAAACAUGCAGAUCAAUGUUAUAAGUCUGGCAUGUCUACACCAUAUGGAAAAGAUUGUUCCGCUGACGGGUUACCUCCUGGCAUUGAUCCUUCACCCAAAAUCGACCUGUCCGUGUCAUCAGGAGAAGUUCAGACUGCUUGCAAGAAUAAAGAAUACCAACCAAAGGUUUUGACAUUGGAUGCAGAAGCUGCUUUGCCUCCAUCGAAACGCCUUCAUCGUGCCUUGGAAGCUAUGUCUGCUAAUGUUUCUGAAACUAUUAUUAAUCAGCCUGAAGUUACAAAGUCAAAGGAGAUUAUCCUGAAAGGCUGCACGAUAGCAGGGUCCCCUUCUAAUAGCUCUGCAGAUACACUUGUUAAAAGUCCAAAAUCUGCGAUAGCUAAAAGCCCCAAAGUAUCUUUGGGUGCACAUUCUUUGGAUGCCCCAACUGACCAAAAGCAUAUCUCACGACCUAUCAUGUUGAACAAUGAUGCCGUCUCUACUGUUUCUCCAAAUUUGAAAAAUGAUGCCAGUGAUAGUCUACCGAAAGACAAAGUUAGUGAAGAAGCCCACAUGGACGGCAACAACAUUUCUGAUUUAUCUGUUCAUAAUAGGAUUGAUAACGAUAUCUGCGGAAAAGCUCCAACCUAUUCUGUGAAAUUGAAAGAACUUGCCUCUGUAUCAUUUGAUCAACCACCUUCGCAGAAAGCAAGUGGAAAUGAGCUUGUGGAAUCAAUCGAUGGCUCUACUAAUGGUUUUGGCAAAAAUAUUGAAGGCUCUGCUGAGUCAGUUAUACAAUCAAAUGCUGUUGUCUCAGAUACUAGUGGAAGCUGCAAUCCUGAGCCACAUGAUGAGACUGUUUUAGCUGAACCAAUGGUUAAUGGUUGUGACAGAACAAGUGCCUCUUCAUUGGUUUCUAAAGUUUCAUGUAUUCAUUCUGAUGCAAGCACCAGGACAUUUGAAGCGCAUAGUUCUUCGAUCAUUGCACCGGAGGAACUCAACCACAGCUUAAGCCUAACUGAUAAGAGCUUAUCUCCAGAUGCGACGCCUAUGAAAGAACUAGUUGCUGAUGGACGUGCUCGUAGAUUCUCUCGAUCAAAUUCUUUCAUGGACAAUUUUCUAGAUUCUAAGGUUAUUUCUGAGUCUUUGGUGAAUACACCUUCACUCAAGGAAGGAUCACGUGACCGGUGUUCACCAUCAAAUCGUACGAUGAGGUCUGUGUCAGAUAGGGUUCAUACUCAACAAAAUAGUGGUAAGAAUCCUUUUGAGAACCUGCAACCAAAGGGCUUGAACAAAUUAGCAGGUCGAAAUGAGGCCAAUUCAGCACGGAGGGCGUUUGAAGCUUUCGUUGGUACACUAACACGAACAAAAGAAAGUAUAGCCCGUGCAACACGUCUUGCUCUGGAAUGUGCUAAACAUGGCAUUGCUGGGGAGGUAAUGGAUAUUAUCAUUGAACACCUGGAAAAGGAAACUAAUUUAUAUAAAAGAGUGGACCUGUUCUUCCUUGUCGAUUCAAUAAUCCGGUACUGCCGCAAUCAGAAAGGUGGAACGGGCGAUGUCUAUCCUUCUCUUAUCCAGGCAGUCCUACCACGAAUAAUAUAUGCUUCUGCACCACCUGGAAAUUCUGCAUGGGAGAAUCGGAGGCAGUGUCUUAAGGUUUUGAGGCUCUGGCUUGAGAGGAAAACCUUUUCAGAAUACAUCAUCCGCCAUCACAUUAAAGAGCUUGAAGCUCUUAAUGAGGCUUCAUUCGGAAGCUCUCACCGUCCUUCAGGUACAGAGAGAGCUUUGAAUGACCCUUUGCGUGAUGAUGAAGCAUUUCUUGUUGACGAGUAUGGAAGCAAUGCUGGUUUUCAUCUUCCGAAUUUAAUUUGCACAAAACUACUUGAAGAUGAGGAAGGAAGGUCCUCUGAGGAGAGGAGCUUUGAAGCUGUUACUCCUGAACAUGAAGUUACUGGUGCUGGUGAACAAGAUACAUCUCAAUUGCAUUCUGCGAAGCAUCAACUCAUCUUGGAAGAAGUGGACGGUGAACUUGAGAUGGAGGAUGCAGCCCCAUCAUCUGGAGCUGAAGCCGGCUUCACGUGCCACCAAGAUCUAACUAAUGCUAUCUGUACGGGAACUGUCCAACAUCUAAAUUCUAUUCCACCCCUACCUGAUGACAAACCUCCGUCUCCUCCCCCAUUGCCAUCAUCACCGCCACCUCUGCCACGUCCACCCUGUCCUGUCUCUCAAGGUUCACAUGUGCAAGGAGCAUUGCUUGUGGUAGCUGAUUGCGUUGAGCAACAUCAUCCAGGAGCCACCAACAAUGUGGAAGGCCAACACCCUUAUUCUGUUGCAAACAACCGAGGCAACAUGGAUGCAUGUGUAGCUUCCUCGCAGCCUCCAGUAUCCUAUAAUCCUGGAUACGUAGGACAUACUAAUCAGAUACUUCUGCCACCUCCACCACAGCCUGUUGCACCAUUCCAUCCUUCUGGACCCCAUGUCAACUUAUGUGGACCCUCAGUACCACAUCAUGGAAAUAACUAUCACCAACCACCAUCAGUGCCACUGCCUAAUAAUGCAUACCAUUUACAGCCACCACCCCAUUCACCUGCUCCAAAUCAGUUCCUAUAUCCACCUGAACCUGAAGAGAGAACACAGCCUUGGAAUUAUAAUCCUUCCUAUCCUGAGAGAUAUCAGUAUGGUGGACAUGACAGAGUACACCAUGACUAUGAUAGGAGACAUCACUUUGAUGAUAGAGGUCAUCACUUUGAUGAUAGGGGACAUCACUUCUAUGGUGAAGGGCAUUGCUUCGAUGAUAGAGGAUAUCACUUUGAUGAUAGAUGGCACCACUUUCAUGAUAGAGGCCCUCACUUCAGUGACAGAGCAGUUAGGGGACAAAUGCACCAUGAAGUUAUAGAUGGAGGAAGGUUUCCUCCCUACCUUCCACCAGGUCCCCCGUUUCCAGACCACUUUGAAGGGCCACCCACCCCAUUGCACUGUGGACGACCAUCGGAUCCUCCACCAAGUCCAUGUUCUGGGUGGUCUAUGCCUCAUAGGAGAUCCAAGUACCCUCCUGCUUCCAGAGAUGCAAUGGAGCCACCAGUUUCCCAUGGAGGUUGGAGGCGGCAUGGAUGACGCGAUUACGACAGAUAGCAUUAAUGACUGGGAUCAGAAGCCAGGGGCGGAUUUACCUUGGUUCAUAGGAUCCCAAAAUUUCUUGGCAAAAAAUCAGUGAUUAUUUACUUUCAGGAGGACUUUUACUCCUAGAGUGAUGAAUCUGUGGUGGGAGGUGGUACAAAUUGCAAGUAGUAUAUCUUCUUCUGAAGAUAAUGACGCCUUGUUAUGGCAAUAUAAUGCUUCUGGGCAAGAGCUGGAGAAGCAUGAAGGAACUGGAACACAGGAUCGUGCAGACAUUCGGGACUGGAAAAGCGUAUGCAAGGCUACAAACUUGGAGAAAUGGAUGGCUGUAUCGAACUAUUGGAGAUGAAGGCUGCAGCACCGCUGACGAUAGCGUCAGGUUUGGGGGCUGCAAGGAUCGUCAAGCCCGGCGUCUUACAUAUGUACGCCCAAUGAUUUUUGUAAAAAAAGAAGACAGUUAGUAGGCAUAAUACAUGUAACUGGACCAGAUUAUGUAUAUUUGAGCACAAACUCGCUAAAUAGCUCAUCCAUUUGAGCAACUGUCAGAUAGCAGACUAUGUAAUCACGAUAGUAAAGAGUAGCACACUCUUAGCAAGCAGCUUAGCAGGUUUACUGUAAAGGUGGGACCGACGCCACAUUAGCAA